AUGGCUGAUGAAGGUGGAAACAACACUGUAAGAGUGGCCAAUUUCCUCAAGCCAUGUGCAAAGAACACCGGCGAAGCCACAAGAUUCCCAACGGUUUCUGCGCCGCCGCGUAACGGCGAAGAGGUGCAUCCAGCUGUUCAGUUCAAAGGGUGGAAAAAUCCUCAGAGAAAAUGGAACGAUUGGAUUGAAAUUAUGGCGGGAAAAUACGGAUUCAUGUGGAACCAAACAGAGACAAAUACUUUUGUUUUUCCAUGGGGUGAAGCCACAAUCACCCUUGAAGAUGUCAUGGUUCUUGGUGGAUUUUCGGUCCUUGGCGAGCCGGUGAAUCUUCCUCUCACCGGCGAUUUGGUUGCGAUGGAAGCCGAGAUGUUACGGCUUUCGAGGGAAAUGGAUGGUGGAAAAUCAAGGAGAGACCAAAGGACAUGGAUGAAUUUUUUUAUGGAGGAUGGACAAAGUCAUGAUCUUGAGCAUGUAGGUUUUCUCUCCCUGUGGUUGUCAAGAUUCGUGUUUCCCUCGCUUCCCUACGAGGUAAUUGCGACGCGUGUCUUUCCAAUUGCGAUUCGCCUGGCUCGAGGGACAAAAUUGGCUCUGGCCCCUGCUGUUCUAGCUGGUAUCUAUGAGAGUUUGAGGUUGCUUAAGCAACAAGUAACCUCUUCUUCGGGUGAAUCCGUGAAGGCUCUAGGCCUAUUCCAACUUGUGCAGCUAUGGGCUAAUGAAAGGUUUUCGAUUUUCGGAUCAAAUUGUCCCAUAGAACUAAAGCCGGGGGAGCCUAGAGCUGCAAGGUGGCAUGGAGUGAUAUCGAAUGCUAAUGGCUGCCCAAUUUCGUCAGCUUUGAAAUUUGCAAGGAGUUUCCAGUGGCGUCCUUAUGCUGCUGAUUUGAAAAAUUGUUGUUUUGUGUCCCCUUACAAGGACAAUGAGCAAUUUGUUCAUGAUGCUUCAAACUCGAUCGACGAGUUAAGGUCCUUUGGGAAGUGUUUGUUUGCAAAUGAGCUUGUUGGUUUGGGAGGUUGCAUUGAGAAGUAUAUGCCGUACCGGGUUGCAAUGCAAUUCGGCUUCGAUCAACAUCUUCCUGGAGAUUUUGCUGUUAUGAACUCAAAUUGCAGGGAAAAUUUUUUGUUUUAUGUUCCUUCAAGAUCUUACAAGCCUUGUGUGUCAUUGGAGUACCUCAACUGGUGGCGAGCAUCAAAGGUGAAUCAAGAGAAAAAAGAGGAUGAGAUCAAUGGAAUGAGGUUGAACUUCAAGGAUGAUGAACCUUCUCAGAUUGAUCGUAUGAAAAAUGUGGUUGGAGAUUUUGCAGGUUUGCUUAGUGAUGAAAAAGGGAGAGUAAAACUUGCUAAAGGAACUUUAUGCAACCCUUUGGAUGUUGAAGAUUAUGCAUGCACUAUUGUAGGUACUUUGUCUCACCCUAUUGAUGUUGAUAAGUACAUGUAGGAGUUCUCUUUUUGUUCUUUUUGUGGGUGCUAUUUAAUGAAGGACUAGUGACAGGCUUGGAAAUUGGGUUAAGACUUUUCACUCUUGUAUAUUCCCAAUCAAGUUUUAAUUAGAAAUUGGAGGCUUAUCUA